GAGGCGCGGAGGGAGGCGCGCAGGGGUCCGCCCCCGCCCCGGCUCCAGUGGCGGCCCCGCUCCUCGCCGCCCCGUCCGCGCCUUGGGGACGCCGAGCCCCGCGCGCCGCGGGAAGCCGGGACGCCCGCCUCGGGGGGCGGGGGCCGCGCUGCAGAGCUGUCCACGCUGCGCUCCAGGAGCCAGAGCCAACAGGAUGGACAUCAGGACUUGCUGAUCUUCCCCAAGACACAGCCUCCGGCAGCCUGGUCAUGGAGGAUUGCAGUAUGCCCUCGGCCGCCAGCAUCCUGGCCUCGGUAAAGGAGCAAGAAGCCCGCUUCGAGCGGCUGACGCGGGCGCUGGAGCAGGAGCGGCGCCAUGUAGCCCUGCAGCUGGAGCGGGCGCAGCAGCCUGGCGUGGGCACUGGCAGUGGUAUGGGCAGCGGGCAGCCCCUGCCGAUGGCUUGGCAACAGCUGGUUCUGCAGGAGCAGAGCCCGGGCAGCCAGGCCUCCCUGGCCACCAUGCCAGAGGCACCCGAGGUACUGGAAGAGACAGUGACAGUGGAGGAGGACCCUGGCACACCCACCUCCCAUGUGUCCAUCGUGACCUCGGAAGACGGCACGACCCGGCGCACGGAAACUAAGGUCACCAAGACAGUGAAGACAGUGACCACACGGACAGUACGACAAGUGCCUGUGGGCCCAGAUGGACUGCCCCUGCUGGACGGCGGCCCCCCACUUGGCCCUUUUGCAGAUGGCCCCCUGGACCGGCAUUUCCUGCUGCGUGGAGGUGGCGGUGGCCCAGCUGCCACACUCUCCCGAGCCUACCUCGGCAGUGGCAGUGGCGGCUUUCCUGAUGUCCUUGAACCCCGCGAUGGCCCCAAUUAUGGCAGCCUAUCCCGAGGCCUGGGCAUGCGGCCCCCACGUGCCGGACCCCUGGGCCCUGGCCCUGUGGACGGCUGCUUUACCCUGCCCGGCCGUCGGGAGGCCUUCCCCUCUGGCCCUGAGUCUGGGCCCCCACAACCACCUGGGGGCCGCUCCCUGCCCGAGCGCUUCCAGGCAGAGCCCUACGGCCUGGAGGAUGACUCGCGCAGCCUGGCCAAUGAUGAUGAGGGCGGUCCCGAGCUGGACCCCGACUAUGGCACAGCCCCUCGGAGGAGGCCCGAGUGCGGGCGCGGGCUGCGUGCCAGGACCUACGAGGACAUGGCAGAGGAUGGCACCGGCGGUGAGCUGCUGUUAGAGGAGCGGGCCCCAUUCCCCGCAGCGACCGCACCCCUGGCCCAGCCCGAGCGGGGCAGCCUCGGCAGCCUGGACCGGGUGGCACGACGCUCGCCCUCGGUGGACAGCGCCCGCAAGGAGCCACGCUGGCGGGACCCGGAGCUGCCCGAGGUGCUGGCAAUGCUGCGGCACCCCGUAGACCCCGUGAAGGCCAAUGCGGCUGCCUACCUGCAGCACCUGUGCUUCGAGAACGAAGGCAUCAAGCGACGUGUACGGCAGCUGCGGGGGCUUCCACUGCUCGUGGCAUUGCUGGACCACCCACGGGCUGAGGUGCGGCGCCGGGCCUGCGGGGCACUGCGCAACCUCUCCUAUGGCCGGGACGCUGACAACAAGGCUGCCAUCCGGGACUGUGGUGGUGUACCAGCCCUGGUGCGCCUGCUGCGGGCUGCCCGGGACAACGAGGUUCGGGAGCUCGUCACUGGCACCCUCUGGAACCUGUCAUCAUACGAGCCCCUGAAGAUGGUCAUCAUCGACCACGGCCUGCAGACCCUCACGCACGAGGUCAUCGUGCCCCAUUCAGGCUGGGAGCGUGAGCCCAACGAGGACUCCAAGCCCCGGGACGCCGAGUGGACAACUGUCUUCAAGAACACAUCUGGCUGUUUGAGGAAUGUGAGCUCAGAUGGUGCCGAGGCCCGGCGGAGACUCCGGGAGUGUGAGGGCCUGGUGGAUGCCCUCCUGCAUGCCCUUCAAUCGGCUGUGGGCAGGAAGGACACGGACAACAAGUCAGUAGAAAACUGUGUGUGCAUCAUGCGGAACCUGUCGUACCAUGUGCACAAGGAGGUGCCCGGAGCUGACAGGUACCAGGAAGCUGAGCCAGGGCCACCAGGCAGCACCAACGUGGGCUCCCAGCGACGGAGGCGGGAUGAUGCCAGCUGCUUCGGUGGCAAGAAGGCCAAAGAGGACUGGUUCCAUCAAGGGAAGAAGGAUGGUGAGACAGACCAGAACUUUGACACGCUGGACCUGCCCAAGCGGACGGAAGCCGCCAAAGGCUUUGAGCUGCUGUACCAGCCCGAGGUGGUGCGGCUCUAUCUCUCGCUCCUCACGGAGAGCCGGAAUUUCAAUACCCUGGAGGCAGCCGCAGGAGCCCUGCAGAACCUCAGCGCCGGCAAUUGGAUGUGGGCCACCUACAUCCGUGCCACGGUUCGCAAGGAGCGCGGACUCCCAGUGCUGGUGGAGCUGCUGCAGUCUGAGACGGACAAGGUGGUGCGGGCCGUGGCCAUUGCACUGCGGAACCUCUCGCUGGACCGGCGCAACAAGGACCUCAUUGGGAGCUACGCCAUGGCAGAGCUAGUGCGAAACGUGCGCAAUGCGCAGGCUCCCCCGCGCCCUGGAGCCCGUCUGGAGGAAGACACGGUGGUGGCCGUGCUCAACACCAUCCACGAGAUUGUGUCCGACAGCCUGGACAACGCCCGAUCGCUUCUGCAGGCUCGUGGCGUGCCUGCACUGGUGGCCCUCUGCGCUGGCAGCCAGUCGGUGCGCGAGGCGAAGGCAGCGUCCCACGUGCUGCAGACCGUGUGGAGCUACAAGGAGCUGCGUGGGGCCCUGCAGCGGGACGGCUGGACCAAGGCGCGCUUCCAGUCUGCUGCAGCAGCCAGCAAGGUGCCUAAGGGAGCGCAGAGCCCGGGGGGCUUCGAUGACAGCACGCUGCCGCUGGUGGACAAGAGCCUGGACAGUGAGAAGGCAGGUAGCCGGGAAGUGAUUCCUCUGGACACACUUGGCCCGCCGGACCGCUACACCACGGUGGACCGUAGAGAACGCAAGGCCCGUGGUAGUGACCCCAUGGGAGAGGCUUCCGAAAAGGAGCCAUUGAAACCCGACCCCGGCAGGAAGGCUCCUCCCCCUGGGCCCAGCAGGCCCGCAGUCAGGCUGGUGGACGCCGUGGGGGACACUAAGCCUCAGCCUGUUGACUCCUGGGUCUAGCUUGCAUGCCUGGGCCUGGGCCCAGCCAUGGGCUCCUAGGGACUGGAUCGCCAGCAGGGCCGACCUGAGCAACACCGCUAUGGAGCUCGGAGCCUCCUGGCAUCAGGGCAACACCCCCUCCCGCUGCACUGCAUCCCUCCUUCCCUGUACCCCACCCAACUCCCCGACCUGGUGCUGUGUUCCAAGGAGCUGCAAGAAAGGGCGCAAGACAGCAGGCCGCCUCAGGAAGGCGGGCCAGGUGGGGUGCAGGAAGGGGGCACAGGAGGCUUGUUGGGGACCAGCAGCAGAGUUGCCCAAUGUGUGUGCGUGUGUGUGUGCGCGUGUGUGUGCCUGUACUUGCGUGCACAGUGCCCCAGGUGGGAGGGGCAGCAGGACGGGCAUGGGGGCGGAGCUAGGCAGGGGUCAGGGCUCAGGGAGAUGAGCUGAACUCCAGAGGGGCUGCCCUGGGUGGGGGCCCAACCCUGCAGGGAAGCCAGACCGUGGGGGCGGGUCUGGCUGUUUUGUUCCCUGCCCGGCCUGCGGAGUGGGCCAAUGUGGUAUGGGGGAGCCCUCGUGCCGCCCAGGUGUCCGCCUCCCCGUAACCUCAAGGAGUGCCUUCCGGGGCUGACUUUGGGGCGUCGGCAGAGACUACUGCUGUUCGGUGCCUGCUGUUUAUGACUUUGGAAACAGAAGAAACAUUAUAACACUGAAGAUGAGCAUUUAAAUGAAACCAAAAUAAGACUAUUGGUACACAUCUAAAUUUUUGUAAGAAAAUGCAAAAAGUUAAAAAAAAAAAGACCAACAGAGCAACUUCCACCUUCUGUCUCUUGUGGGCUGCUGGUUCCCAUCUGGGCUCUGAAGGCUGGGUGGUGGAUGGGAUGGCCACACCCACACGCAGGGCUGCACCUGCUGCGCCC